AUGGCAACUACUAGCAACGUACCCCCCCCGCCGAAAGCCCCGCCUCCAUUACAGAAUACAAAGGUAUCACCCACACCAGCUGCCAAGCCUGCAGCAUUGUUGAGUCCUGCACGCUUAGCCCCAAAGCAAGAUCCUAGCUCGGUCCCUCUUUCGAAAAAUCCGCCUUCUUCAAAAAGUUCGCCUGUGGGGCAUCUGUCUUCGAGAAAUGUCCCUCCUUCGAGUCAUCCACCAAAUCAUUCAUCUUUGCCAGGAUUAUCUCCAUCAAUAACUCUACCAGGACAACCAAGCGCCCCAAGAGGUGCACCACCUGGUCCCCCGAAGGAACCACCACCACAGCCACCAAAAAGCCCCCCCCCUUUACUACCAGCUAAAAAGGGGCCGGAUAUUGAAGUUGAAAAUGAGACCACUGCCAGUCACGCUGCUCUCCAGGGGCUUCUGCAUCGCGGGCGACUCAGUUUCACCCUUGUGGAGGCGCGUGAGCUUCGACAUACUGAAAAAUCUGGGAAAUUUGGACGAUUUAGCGCUAACACAUUCGUUAAAAUUGCCAUAGGUAAAAAUCCAUCUUCUUCUUUAAUCAAACGCAGCAAGACACUAAAAAAGAGUGGAUCACUUAUCAACUUGCACGAAGAAGUCAUAUCGUUCGACAUUACAGACCCAAUUCAGCUUUUAACUGAUGGAGACUUGCCAAUUAAAAUGGAAUUGUUGAACGAAAGUUUGCUCUCAGACGAGUUGUUAGGGGAAGCAAAUUUUUCGGCUUUGCGCUUUUUUGAUGGUAAGCCGCACCAAGAAGUCAAAUCAAUAUAUUUGCUCAAAGCUUUUAGUGGUGUGAUUGAGAUCAAAGUAAUGUUGGAAAAAGCGCUUGUUGGUAUGCUUUCCAUUGUGCUGGUGGAAGGUAGAAAUUUAAAAAGCAUGGAACUAAUCGGAAAGCAAGAUCCGUAUUGUCAACUUUCAAUUGGCAAAUUUGCUAAGCGAAGCAAAACUAUCGAGCGUGGUGGAUGUAACCCGUAUUUCGGAAAAGAAGAGCUACUCUUUUGGUUUGGAGAUGACCUAUGGACACAGCGUAUGAAGUUUCGCGUAUUUGACCACGAUAUUGGUAGCGACGAUCUGAUUGGUGAGACAACAUUUUCUGUACUGCACUUCAUGGCCCAACGUGGGGAACAGGACCAUACGAUUCCGUUACAAUACAAGGGAAUAUUGACCGGAGAAGUCUUGAUACAGACUGAGUUUUUUCCAGCAGGUGAAUUAACAGUAACUUGUCAUGCUGCCAAACAGUUACGAAGUGUUGACGUAGUCGGACGGCAAGAUCCAUACGUCAAGUUCACUCUAGAAGGUAGAGUUACACAAGUUGUAAAGAAGACCAAGACUGAUUUGGACGGUGGAAGUGAACCGGAAUGGGAUAACGAAACAUUUUAUUUCGACAUUGUUGACCAGUACAAUCUACAGGUGGAGGUGUGGGAUGAAGAUAUUGUUGGAGCUGAUGAACUCAUCGGCUCAGCAUCACUUUCGUUGCUGCCUAUAUUUCGCUAUGGUUAUGUAGACGAUUGGCUUAAACUCUGGGUAAAGGGUAGAUUUGGUGACAGGGAUUUUGCAGGCCACUUACGCCUUGAAAUGAGGUUCAAAGGUCCUGCAGGUGUGGCCUUUCCACAACACCAAGCUAAUAUGGACAGCUUUACGGAGAAGGAACGUCUGACAAAAAAUGCAGCUAAGAACAUUUCGAAAAUGUCAGACGAGAGAGAGAAUACGGCAACGAGCGCCACGGCCCUAACACAUUACCAAUCACGCGAACCUGUCGGUGACAAUGUUAAUGAAUUUUCCGAGGAAGAGCUAAUCAGUGCUUUCCAGUUUCUUGAUAUUGAUAAAAACGCUUAUAUUGGCGCAGCCGAACUCCGCCAUCUUCUCAUCUGUAUGGGUGAGAUCAUUACCGAUGCAGAGGUGGACGAAAUGAUGAGAUUGUGCGAUAAGGAUGGAGAUGGCCAAGUAAGCUUCGACGAAUUUCGGCGAAUGGCACUACAUCCUGACCCUGGUGGUUCCGAAUUUGGGACGGCCACGGCAGAGCCUGAAAGCCAAGAGCCACUGGACAUUUUAGCCAUUACUUCUAAGAACAACGAGGGACAGCAAGAACUCAAAAGGGAGAAAACGAAACUAUUGCGGCAUUUCGUCGAGAAUACCAAUCCAAGUCUUGGGACACUGGAGCAUGUUGCCAAAACGUUCCGACAUAUGCAGCACCACGCAUUAAACUUUGACGAUUUUUGCUCUCUAUUCAACCUAGAGCCUACUGGCGAAAAUCGACGCCUUUUUGCUUUGUUCACCCCCGACUAUCAAAGCGACAUUGGUGCAGACUUAAGCGAAAUUCUUCUUGCUGCGGUCAAUUUUAUCGGUGGCGUCGACCGCACCCAGCACGUACGCUUUUGUUUUGAAAUCUCUGAUAAAGAUCGCAACGGUUUUAUCACCGAAGAAGAACUUGUAAACAUUUUGAGAGCAAAUUAUCUCGUUUCGACGGAUGAUCAAGUGCGUAGAAAAGCUCAAACGAUUUUGCGUCAAGCUGAUAGUGACGGCGAUGGUCGAGUGAGCCUGGACGAGUUUCACGUCAUCUCUCGCAUGUUUCCAAAACUACUUUUUCCCCCUCAUGAUGCAGACACCGCAUGA